CUCGACCCGCACUCGACCCCCUCGAUCCGCACUCGAUCCGCGGAGCUUGCUCUGCGAAUCACAGCAAGGCCAGCCGAUCAACCGCUCUCCGCCCUUCUGUCGUCAACAAAUCUGCCUGCCCGCCAUCUCAUGCCAUGUCGUCGUCGUCCAUGGCCUCGAUAGAGCUGACCCUCAACCACCCGCUGCCACAGUCGACGACCAAUGCCAAUCUGAUUGCAUCGCGCCUCAAUUCGUCCUGCACCCGACUUGGCGAUGCCGCAUAUCUGUUUGGAGGAUUCGAUCUGUACAGCGGAGAAGUCUUCAACGAGCUCUUUAUGAUAUCGCUGGAAGAUCGAAUGUGGAAGCGUAUCGACCACAUUAAGGGCAAGUGGCCCAGCCAGCGCCAUUCACACUCGGUAAAUGUUUGGAACAUCACAAAACUGGUCAUCUUUGGUGGAAGCGAUGCCGAGGAUGCACACCUCAACGACAUCUACAUCCUGGAUCUGCCUACCCUGACAUGGGAGAGCCCGCACGUCACCGGCCACAUACCCGCCCCAAGGAUGCGUCACUCCACCGUCAUCCACAAAAGCAAGCUCUAUGUCACAGGCGGACAAACCACCGGCGAUGUCGUCCUUGAUGUGCUCAACAUCCUCGAUCUCGAGACUUUUGUCUGGGAGGUCCCUAUUCCCUUUGAAUCCCGAAUCAGCCAUUUUUCGUGGAUCUUCAACCGACGCUUGUACUUGUUUGGCGGUCAGGAUGAGAAUUCGGAACGCCUGACGCAUCUGACUUACAUCGACCUCGCCGACAAGUCAAGGACCAAGCUCACCAUCACCUCGGAGGAGGCUCCACAGCCGCUGGGCCAGCACUUUAUGCAAAUCUGUGGCGACCGACUGAUCGUUGCUGUCGCCGAAGGACUGCAGCAUGGGCGAGAGGCAAAGGAGGUUCGCACCGGGGUGUGGUCGCUGGAGCUCAACUCUGUUCGCUGGAGACGCCACGACGAGAUCACCUUGCUGCAGAAUGCAACUUGGUAUUACUAUGCCAUGGGCCAGGACGACAGCCGCUUCAUUCUGUUUGGUGCCGAGAACCCUCAAAGCGACGAGUUCUUGGGAAUGGUUCUGGGCAUCAAUCUCGAAACCUUUGGCAUCUACCGCGUCCCUGGCUCGGAUCUGGGCAUGGACUUUGCGCCGCUGCUUGAGCGGCGCGAGCUCUCGGACUUUUCGAUCACCGCCAAGGACUCGCCCGAGAAGCCCAUUCAUGUGCAUAGGCUCGUGCUGCAAGCUCGCUGGCCGUACUUUGCCAACCUGUGUCGUUCCGAGAUGCAAGAAGCACGAGAAGCCCAGCUGGUGCUGCCAGAGCCCUACGGCUCCGUCCACGGCUUUGUCCGGUACCUGUACACGGACUCGAUUGAGGGCCUCUCGCCCGACGACCUGGCCGGUCUGCUCGGGUUGGCCAACUGCUACUGCAUGGAGCGACUGCAGAAGAUGUGCUGCGACAUCCUGCACCGCGAGAUCAACCUCAAGAACGUGUGCCAUAUCUUCGAGGCCGCCUGUAAGGCCGGAGAGACUGGCUUGUCGGAGCGAGCCCUUGCCUUCAUCCUGGACAACUUUGGCCUGGUCAGCCGGACCAAGGGCUUCCGCACCAUGCAGCCGCAUGCGAUGGAGGAGCUGUGGAACCGCAUCCCCGAGGACUCUCAGAUCACCAACAAGUCGCCCAAGCUGGAUGAAGCCAUGCUGGCGUCGGCGCAGCCGUCAGACUCGCAGAACGAAGACGGCGAGGGCGGUGCAGAGACCGAUGGCGACGUCGCCGACGGCAACGAAGACGACGACGAGUACGACGAGCUUGCCAACGGCACCGAGCCGGAGGACGACGAGGAUUAGCGUGCAAAGGUGUCCGGUGUGCGAUAUGCCCGGCUCGAGACGAUCGAGACCCCCCCCCAACACGAUUCCAUGCACUCUUUC